ACACAGUGGAUGACUGAUGUGUGGCUUGAACAUGCAGGCUGGAUCAGAAAGAGUACGUAAUGGCACAUUUUCAAUGUAUUAAGUCCCAUUAUCCACAGUGGGACUUCCUUCGGAAUACCUUAAAUCAUUGCAUAAGAGUAUUUUAAAUCCAAACCUUAAGUUCUUCAGGAUAGCUUUGCUGGACAUUAGCUGGAGCAGGUGAGGAAGAAUAUUUAUUUUCAAUUUAAAAGCAACAUUUUAAAAAGCUGUGCUGGAUCAGACAGAGAAUACAUCUAGCCCAGUUUAUGAGGAGCUUCAUAUCUCAUGAUUGCUAAAUUUACUCAGGAGCCUUUGAUGAGGGACUUGGACAAAGUAUUUUGGAAGUCCCAAGAGCAUAAUGUGUAUGCUUGUUGAAGCUUAAAGAAUUCAGAAAGAUUGGUAAGGAGAAUUUCAGAAGCCAUGGUUCGUAAGGUUUAUCCUUCUAGACAGGACUUUUCCCCCCACCUGGAACUUACUGGAACCCAGUUCCAGCACCUCUCAGGUGGGAGCCAUUGCCAUUACAAUAGGUAAAGGUAAAUGACCCCAGGACAGUUAAAUCUAGUCAAAGGCAACUAUGGGGUUGUGGUGCUCAUCUCACUUUCAGGCCAAGGGAGCCGGCAUUUUCCCCGCAGACAGCUCUUCGGGUCAUGUGGCCAGCAUGAAUAAGCCGCUUCUGGCACAACAGAACACCAUGAUGGAAACCAGAGCACAUGGAAACACCAUUUACCUUCCUGCCACAGUGGUACCUAUUUAUCUACUUUCACUGUCAUGCUUUCAAAUUGCUAGGUUGGCAGGAGUUGGGACAGAGCAUGUGGAGUGCACUCCGUUGUGGGGAUUCAAACCACCGACCUUCCGAUCAGCAAGCCCAAGAGGCUCAGUUGUUUAGACCACAGCGCCACCCCCGUCCCUGCCAUUAUAAUAGAACAAGGGAGAUGUGUAUGGUGAGUUCUGACACCUCUUUUUCUAGAAAAAUAGCACUGCUUAUAGAUGUUUAACAUUUCUAAUUUUAAUAAUGUUUCUGUCCAUAUACCCAGCACAGUGGCAAGUCUAUAAUUUCCUGGAUUCCCUCCCCUCUUUAAAAUUUGCGGCAUUCAAAAUUCUUUCAUAAGGAGGAUGGCUUUAAUAAUAAAAGAUUAGCAAUUUCUCAUUUGAGAUUUGUUAAAGGAUUCUCAGGUGGGUGCCAUCUGGCGGCUAGUGAAUUUGUAACUUGUCAAUUAGCUGUAAGCUUUCAUUCGCUGUCACCUCGCUUUGACUGUCCUAACCUCUGAGAUACGCUUUUGGAAAACAAUGGUUCAGGUGUCUUUCUAACAUCUACAGCAAAUGCCAAGGCAAAUAAUUCAUGGUCUAGCCUCUCUGCAAUCUCUUCAGCAUUCCUCUCACAUCCUUGUCAUUUAAAGGUCCUCCUAUUCCCUCUUUGACUGGUUUCCUGCACCUAAUGAAUGCAAAUAAAUACACGUUGGUUGUUUUUAGCAACUCAGUCCUUACAUUCUUUAUUUGUUUGCCUCAUCAUAAACUUACAUUUGUUUUGCCUCGGUGUGUGUGUGCGUGCCAGACACUUUUUAAACAACACUUGCAGAAAUUCUUACCUUAUAUUACAGUACUCUGUUGAUGCUAGUUAACCAUGCUUGCGUUCUCUUGAACUUGUUCAUAUCCUUUCUGAUCUGUGAUAUACAUUUUAUCUGAGCUCCUAGUACAGUGGUACCUCGGGUUACAGACGCUUCAGGUUACAGACGCUUCAGGUUACAGACUCUGCUAACCCAGAAAUAGUACCUCGGGUUAAGAACUUUGCUUCAGGAUGAGAACAGAAAUCGUGCUCUGGCGGCGUGGUGGCAGCGGGAGGCCCCAUUAGCUAAAGUGGUGCUUCAGGUUAAGAACAGAUUCAGGUUAAGAAUGGACCUCCGGAACGAAUUAAGUUCUUAACUUGAGGUACCGCUGUAUAAUGGUGUUCACCUCUAAGCUUUCUGGUGAAAUUUGACAUUCCUGGCAUGCCUCUAUAACGUCCUUUUAACUAACUAGGGGGUGCCCUCCUGCUGUUUCAUUUUGCCAACGCCCUUCUCCUUGCCUCAGUCUCCCUCCCCAGAGUUCUCCUUUCCAUUACCAGUCUCCCCUCUCCAUGCCCCAGUUCCUUCUGCCUCACAUUCCAAACCCACACAAGUGUCAAAUUAUCUCUUUCCCCAAAACCAUCCUCUCUCCCACACCCAGCAUCUCUUCCUCCUCCCUGUCCAAAAAAGACCCUUUCUGUCCCAGGGAGAAAGAGAGGGAGGAGAACUCCCCACAUCAGGUUAUGGUGGUGCCUCUUCCUCCCCCUCCCUAAGUGAUCCAUUUUGGGUCCAAGGUGGAUUCCUGCAAGUUUUGGUUCAGUCUGUGUGCUUCUUGUGCCCCCUAACAGGUUCAGAGUGCCAUCACAGUGUGAUGACAGACUAGGAAAUAUGUUAUAUAGAGAGAUAUUAUUUGUAAUUAUCUUCUAAAAUUAAAAUUGACCAUGUUGGACUUUCUUGGCAAUUUUCCACUUACAUAAUUUCAAUUCAAGAGUGCUUGAUCCCAGGCUGUUAUCAACAAUUACAUCUCUAACUGGAUUCUGGGCACCACCAGCAUUUUUACUUUGAAGUUUCUAGCAUUAUUAUACAAACAUCUAGGCGUUUGUUCCUCUGGAUAGUUCUUUCUUUUGCAUUUCUUUCCCCCCUUUUCCUGUCCAAGCUGAUGUCUCACAUAUUGCAAGCGAUGCUGUCAAAGUGAUAGCUUAUUUCUAAAACAUGGCUACCUGGGCUACACCAUGGCAACAGCCUGUCGGAAAGAUGCAAACUUUUCACUUGAGUCCCUUAAAACUCUCCUGACUGAUUUUCAGUGUGUGGCAAUAUGUAGAACAUAAUGUGUUCCAAGAUAGCUGCUUUGGAUGACAUAUUUUUGCCCACAGCAGAUUUCCGCAGUUGAGCUGCAAACUCAGGAAAACAGGAGGUUUGCAAGCAGGCAACAAACACACACGUCAGACCUAAGCUUGGCCCACGAAGGAAAGAAAGUCCUGCAUUAAUGUGACAGAUUUCAACAUACAUUUUAAUAUUGAGGAGAGAUGCAAGGGUGUAGUUGGUGAACAGGACUCUCUGACUCUGAAACUGAAAAGGUGUUACAAAAAUAUAUCAGCUUAUGAGACCCUAGGGUGAGGAUGCAACUUAGUUGGUGUCAAGGGCCACAUUCUCUCAGGGGGAAGUGGUUAGGGGCCGCAUACAACCAGUGGGCAAGGACAUCCAUUUUGUUUCUCUCCCCUCCUUAUUUAUCCAUCCCACAUUCUGUUCACACACACCCCACAAAUUCCCCCAACCAGCCUCUUCCCUUUGUGACCUCCCUCUUCUGCUCACUCCCAUCCAGCCAUCCAGUCAGCCUGCUCCAUUCUGCCUUCCUGCCUCCUUCUUAGAUUACACAGGCAGGUGGUACCCUUGAAGAGCCUAUCAGAGCCAAGGAGUGCUCUCCUUCCUUCCCCUUUGUCAUAAGUGUUGACAUCAUCCAUCAAUGUCACAAAGAUGCAGCAAUAACAAAGGGAGCAGAUCACAUAAUACAGAAAUGCUGCCUAUGAUGUACCCCUGCCUGUCCUUGGGAACACAUUUGUAAAAUGGGCACAGAGCCAUCCAUAGUGGCAACUUCAGAGCUUGCGUGUCAUUAACAAAUAGAGCCAAGGUGGCAAAAUGGCUUCCUUUUAAAAAGUAGAAUUUUCUUUUCCAAAGGAGCAAAAUAAAAAGGAGUAUGAGAUCUGGCAGAACGCUAAGUUGAUAGCAAAGCAAGCAAAAACCUCGAAGCUUAGGAAACCUAUUGCUAAAGACAUUGAAGCAUGCAAUACACACCCUUUCAAAGACAGCAGAAGUAGAAUGUUCCCCCACCAGUGGGACCAUUGAAUGAUAAAGGUGUGGAAAGAUUCCUGGAGGAGGAUAGGCAGGUUGCAGAUAAAGCCAUGUGUAAACUUUGGAGAAAUAUUCAUGGCCUGCCUGAAACACUGUUUUUGGCGAGAGCUUCUGAUGGACUAAGUCUAUCGGGAUUACAACAUAUAAAACUCUGAGGCUAAUUGGUAAGUUAAAAAUUAACAAACACUAUAUUCUGGGUGGCAUUUAUCCAAGAGUCUGUGUAGAACUUGUGGAAUUCUUUAAGGACUUUUGGGUAAAUGCCAUCCUGAAAUUAACUAUCUUUAACAAUAUAUGCAGCUUAUCAAAAUCAGCCUUGUUACUGGGCAGUUGAAAGGUACUCAAUGUACUAAAUGUUUUUCAAAGGGAUGCAGUCAAGAAUACAGGAAAUAACUUCUAUCCAAGGUAAGUUAGUGAAAAGCAAGAUUAAGGAAGCAAUCCAAAGGCAAGAUUCACUGGGAUGAGCAAGUUAGGAUCCAGCAGAUCUCAGGCACAGUUGGUUGGAAGCUGGUGGAAUUUACACUGGUUUAAGUGACACUGGUGUAAAUUAUCCCUAUUCUAAACUCUGAUCAGGAGCAGGGCCGCUGCAACUCAUGUGAUCUGGGCUGAGAUAGUUAUGCUGGUGUUUCUCUGAGCUGGGAUGUGGAGCUUAUGUUGGCAUAGCCCAAUUAUACCAGGGAUCAGUGGCCUGAGCUGGAGACCCACUGGAUCCUAAAUUCCUCGUCCUGGUAGAUCCUGGGGUUGGAGUGCUCCAUUAGACUGGCUCAGCCAGCAGUAAUCUUGCUCCUGGGCAGAGUUUGGAAUAGGGGUGAUUUAUGCCUACUUCCUAUACUUAGGAUUGCUUUGUACAUCUAGAAUUAUUAAGCAUGUGGAGUAAUGAGUCCUCUUGAGGAAAACUCAGCAUGGUGUCUAUGAUUGGAAGUCCUGCAUCACCAGAUUUUUAGAAUUAUUUCAUAGUGUCCCUGUCAACUAACAUAUAGGUAUGGGUGAUCUGGUAUGCUUUAUGUAUUUGAACUUACAAAAAGCUUUUGAUAAACUCCCUCAUCAAGGUCUCCUGAGUAAACCAAGCUAUCAUAGAAAUAUAGAACUUAGAGUUGGGAGGGACCCAAGGGUCAUCUAGACCAACCCCCUUCAAUAAAGGAAUCUCAGCUAGAGGAUCCAUGACAGAUGACCAUCCAACCUCUGUUUAAAAACCUCCAAGGAAGGAGAGUCCACCACCUCCCAUGGGAGUCUUUCUCAUGGGAAUUAUAGAGCUACCUAAAUUGUAUAGAAAUUUAUUCAUGUACGCAGCUACAGUGGCAGGAAUGUUACUUGCCCAAAAAUGGAAAGAAGAAGUCCCAGCAAAGGAAGAAUGGAUACAAAAACUUAUGGAAUAUGCAGAAAUGGUGAAACUUACCAGACGAAUAUAAGAAAUCAAGAUAACAAACUUUUUAUAAAGGAAUGGAAAUGAUUUAUCAAAUAUUUACAGAUAAAUUGUAAACAGAUAAAAACAGUGGCAGGAUUAUUGUAAUAAUCUGCAGCUACAUAAGAGUAUAUAUUGAAAGAAGAUAAAUAAAUCAUAGAAUCAUAGAAUCAUAGAAUCAUAGAAUCAUAGAGUUGGAAGAGACCACAAGGGCCAUCGAGUCCAACCCCCUGCCAAGCAGGAAACACCAUCAGAGCACUCCUGACAUAUGGUUGUCAAGCCUCUGCUUAAAGACCUCCAAAGAAGGAGACUCCACCACACUCCUUGGCAGCAAAUUCCACUGUCGAACAGCUCUUACUGUCAGGAAGUUCUUCCUAAUGUUUAGGUGGAAUCUUCUUUCUUGUAGUUUGGAUCCAUUGCUCCGUGUCCGCUUCUCUGGAGCAGCAGAAAACAACCUUUCUCCCUCCUCUAUGUGACAUCCUUUUAUAUAUUUGAACAUGGCUAUCAUAUCACCCCUUAACCUCCUCUUCUCCAGGCUAAACAUGCCCAGCUCCCUUAGCCGUUCCUCAUAAGGCAGCGUUUCCAGGCCUUUGGCCAUUUUGGUUGCCCUCCUCUGGACACGUUCCAGUUUGUCAGUGUCCUUCUUGAACUGUGGUGCCCAGAACUGGACACAGUACUCCAGGUGAGGUCUGACCAGAGCAGAAUACAGUGGCACUAUUACUUCCCUUGAUCUAGAUGCUAUACUCCUAUUGAUGCAGCCCAGAAUUGCAUUGGCUUUUUAGCUGCCGCGUCACACUGUUGGCUCAUGUCAAGUUUGUGGUCAACCAAGACUCCUAGAUCCUUUUCACAUGUACUGCUCUCAAGCCAGGUGUCCCCAUCUUGUAUUUGUGCCUCUCAUUUUUUUUGCCCAAGUGCAAUACUUUACAUUUCCCCUGUUAAAAUUCAUCUUGUUUGUUUUGGCCCAGUUCUCUAAUCUGUCAAGGUCGUUUUGAAGUGUCAUCCUGUCCUCUGGGGUGUUAGCCACCCCUCCCAGUUUGGUGUCAUCUGCAAAUUUGAUCAGGAUGCCCUUGAGUCCAUCAUCCAAGUCGUUGAUAAAGAUGUUGAAUAAGACCGGGCCCAAGACAGAACCCUGUGGCACCCCACUAGUCACUCUUCUCCAGGAUGAAGAGGAACCAUUGAUGAGCACCCUUUGGGUUCGGUCAGUCAGCCAGUUACAAAUCCACUGAGUGGUAGCAUAGUCAAGACCGCAUUUUACCAGCUUCUUUACAAGAAUAUCAUGGGGCACCUUGUCAAAUGCCUUGCUGAAAUCAAGGUAGGCUACAUCCACUGCAUUCCCUUCAUCUACCAGGCUUGUAAUUCUGUCAAAAAACGAGAUCAGGUUAGUCUGACAUGACUUAUUUUUCAGAAAUCCAUGCUGACUAUUGGUGAUCACAGCAUUCCUUUCUAGGUGCUCACAGACUGUUUGCUUAAUGAUCUGCUCCAGAAUCUUCCCUUCAUCUUCCCUUCAAUGAGUAAGUUAAGUUAAUUUGGAUAUACAGAAGAUAUUAAAAAUAAAUUUAAGGAACCACAGAAAGAGGGGGAAGGAAGUCAAAUUAUAAAAUGUUAAAAUGAUUAUAAAAGCAGUUAAAUGUAUGUGUCGGAAAAUUAUAACACCCCCCCAAAACCAAAUCUCCUCUCAGUCUCCUCUUUUCCAGGCUAAACAGCCCCAGCUCCUUAAAUUGUGGUGCCCAUAAUUGGACACAGUAUUCCAAGUGUGGUCUGACUAAGGCAGAAUAGAGUGGUACUAGAAUAGCAUUAACUUUUUUUUGCUGCUGCAUCACACUUUUGACUCAUGUUAAGCUUGUGGUCCACCAAGACCCCUAGAUCCUUUUCAUAUGUACUGCUAGUAAGCCAGGUGUCCCCCACCCUGUAUUUGUGCAUCUGGUUCUUCCUGCCUAAGUGCAGAACCUUACAUUUGUCCCUAUUGAAAUUCAUUUUGUUAGCUUGCGCCCAGUGCUCUGAUCUGUUAAGGCCAUUUUGAAUUCUGAUUCUGUCUUCUGCGGCAUUAGCUACCUCUCCCAGUUUGGUGUCACCUGCAAAUUUGAUGAGCAUCCCCUCAGUUCCUUCAUCCAAGUCAUUUAUAAAGACGUUGAACAACAACGGGCCCAGGACAGAACCCUGCGGCACAUAAAAGCAACACGUCCCUUUGCCAGAUGGCAUACAAUGACAGUUUACUGAUGAAGGGCAAUAUAAAAAUGUUUUAAACUCCUGGCCAGUUUGUACAGAGGAAAGCAGCCCUCAGGUUAUUCUGGUCUCAAGCUAUUUUGGAUAUAAAUGAUCAUAACCCAGAACCUUGAGUCAUGCCAGAAGCAUAGCAGCAAGACAAAGUGAGAGUUCAGGGUGCAGAUAGAUAGCUGUGCCCUGAACAACUGCAGAGAGAGCUCAGCUUGGAGAUUCGUAGGAGCAAGGCUUCGAUGGAGCAACCCCAGGCCAAGCCUUAAAUAGAGUGACAGCUCCAUCUAGGUGGCUAGCUAUGCUUCUAGCGUGAGACACUUCCUCAGUUAAAAGGGCCCUCCUUGCUUCAACAGCCAUUGACUCCAGUAGCUUGGUAGAGUCUGCAGUUCUUUUUUAAUUUUUUUAUUAUUAUUAAACAUUUCAACAAAACAAUUUAUCAAAAACGUAACAACCUCAUUUCCCCCCCCAUAAAUUUCCCUCCCCCCUCCCUAAAAAGAACCCACCCCUCUCUGGUUUUUGAACACAUGUUACUCUCUGCAUAUUCUAAAAUUGUAAUGAUCCUUAAUUUAUGUGUCUAUAUGUUACCAAUAAUAAAUUUGUGUCUGUUUGUUCGAAACCUGCCAAGGAGAUCAGUUCAUUUUGUUGUUUCUUUAAGUACUUUGUAAAGGGUUCCCAUUCUUCUUUAAAAUCACAGUUGUCCUUGUCGUGUAAUUUAUGCAUCGAUUUCUCCAGUUCCACAUAGUUCAUCAAUUUCCCUUGCCACUGCUCUUUUGUUGGGAUUUCUUCAUUCUUCCAUCCUUGUGCUAUUAAGACUCUUGCCAGUAGAGUCUGCAGUUCUACUGGGGCUUCUGGGAUGGGCUGGGAUGGGCUGGCCACACCUUUUCAGGCUGGAAACCUGCUUCUAAAACUGCUUCUGGGGCAGUUUUAACUGGGGCAGUUAAAACUGAUGUCUGGGGCUGCUUUUGAGGGCAAUUCUCUCCCCCACUCAGAUACCUCCAAAUCCAUGACCUCAGCCCCCAAAGAUGGCUCGUGGCAGAUAGCAGCAACAGCAGAAGCAAGGCACACAUAAGCACCAGACAAAAAGGGCUGUAACCCAUGAAUGCUCAGCGACAGUACAUUUGUCCAUCUUUAAAAUGCCAUUGUCAAACACCCAACACUUUAUGAUUUUCACACAUUCGUAAUUGGUUAAAGGCUACAUGAUACAGCUGAUGACCUGAACUCUUCAUAUAAUUAACUAAUGGAACUGAGUAACAGUAGAUGAGGUGGAGGCCAGCUAUUUUGGAUUUUUUUUAGAAAAAAGAAUUAGCUAAAAUCACCGGAGGUAGAUCUUUCUCUGGAUAUUAGCCCUGACAGGGAAAUUGAAUUUUCAUGUACAUUAUGCCAUUGGAUUCCAGAUGUUGGGGAUAAGCAACAGAAUGAGAAUGUAUGCUCAGAAGAAAUCUGACUGACUGCUGUUGGAAACAGAAUGCUAGGCUACAUAGCCUCUCACAGAUGAAAGGAAGGGAAAGUAUAUGAUCAUAUACAGUGUUGGUUUGCUGUUGUUUUCUUAAGAAAAAGAGGUGCUGGAGCUCACCCUGAACACCUCCCUCAUUCUCUUAGAAUGGCAAUGGCACCCAUCUGAGAGGUGCCAGGACUGAGUUCUGGUGAGUUCCGACUGAAAACAAGCCCUGAUCAUAUAUACCAAUUGCAGUCUCAGUUCUCUGAGCACCAGUCAUCAGGCGGUGAAAUGGGAUUGGCCACCGUGGGGUGUGGGUGGGGGGAACACCCCCAAAACAGUCCAGUGAGAAUUGAGUGUAUUCAGUAGCCACCCAAUGAUGUCUGACUGUUGGGAAGGGGACACAGAUGCAAAAACAGAUGUGAGGGGAAUGAGAUGGGAGAACUCUGCACAGCGACAUUUUUUAAUUUUUUUGCACAUCCUCCUUGUUCGCAUCCUGUUCUAAACUAUGACACUCUCGUGUGCAGUUGAUCUAUGGACAUCGAAACAGAGAGGACCAUUUUAAUGAGAGAGCCGAGCUCAAAUUACUUUGCCUCUGUAAUGACUCCUUUGGGGAAAGCUGUUCAAUUUCUGUUAUACAUUUCAUUAAUAAACUAUAACUUGUGGUCGGCUGAUAUGGGGAGGAUUAAUGCCUUUCAUGUUAGUCAUUCCCUUUCGUCUGCAAACCUGUCAUUACAUGAAAAGCCUUAUAUGCAUCCUCUCCCCCAAAGAUGAAAGCUGUUAAAAUAUGUAGAAAGCACUGUUUCGUUAAAAAUAGUUCCCAGGCUGGUAUGUCGCAUGCAUCCCUUCUAUUGAAGGCUUACACUAUGUUGAAUCAACAUAUUAAGAGAGCCUCACCCUGCCUGCCUGCUAUAGUCAUGAAAAAGAGACUACUGGCACAAUCUACCUUGAUGUUUUUCUGUGCAAGUUCUAUUGGCUACCAGGGUAACGUAGGCUAAAUGGGGCACUGGCUCACCAAAUUUAAUCUGUGCUCAGCUAGCCCCUGCCUGCCUUCUGUCUUACAACCAGGGCAGAUUCACAUCAUACAUUUAAAGUGCAUUCAACACACAUUUAAAGCACAUGGCUUUGGUAAAAAAAUUGUGGGAACUAUAGUUUCCCACUCACAAAUUUUCCAUACCCUUAUCAAACUACAGUUCCCAGUAUUCUUUGGGGAAAGCCAUGUGCUUUAAAUGUGCAUUGGACGGGCCUUUCCAAUGCAUGGUGUGGAUCUGCCCCCACUCAGGGAUUCGUCUUGCCUGUCAUUGGCUCUGGCCCCCCUUACUGUUGGUCUCCCUGCCCUUCACCCUACCAGCCGCCAUUGUACCCUGGACUUGUACAGCUUCCAUUGAUUUCAAGAGGAAAUGUUGGUGCAUUGGAAGGCCCAGGUGUCUUGCACCUCUUGGUGAAUUGUAUACUGCACUCUAAAGUCAGCCUUAGAGAAAUCACCAUUAUAGAAAGGCAUUGGCAAGAUCAGAAAAUGUAUAGCUGAGGAUAAAAAGGGUCUUAAAGGCAAGUUUGAACAAAAAAGAAUUGUGUGGUCUUUAUUUGGGAGCAAAUUGCAUGGAACUCAAUGUGGCUUCUUCAUUUGUUUGAAAAUUUAUAAUCUGCUCUUUCAUAAAAUAUAACAAGGUGGCUUGCAACAUAUAAAAUACAAUAAAACUAGUCUCUAGAUAGCUAUAAAACAUAAUUAAAAACAUCAAUAAAAAUCUUGCUAAAUAUGCAUAGGCUCACGCUGUGUGGGUGAAAAGCAAUUUUUGUAUUGUUAAGUGGCUGUGAAAGAGACCAAAUGGAGAAAUGUGUUUUGCUCAGUGAGGACCUGAGGCUCAUUUGAAAGAAGGCAGAUGUAAGUUAAGCAGAAAGGAAGACUUUAUAACUACUACAAAAGUAGUUCAGCACUAGAGUAAGAUGCCAUGGGAGACCAUAGAACGUCUUCCCUUGAAGCAUUUCCAGGAAAAAAAAUUGGGCAGGCAACAAUUAGGAAUGCUUUUGAAAAAGAUGAAGGAGGAAAGGUGUUAGAUUAUCUGCUUCUUCCAUCUUGUGGUUUAGGAUUCAUAACUUUUAGAUGAAGAGUAAUUUAGAAUGUUGAGACUAUUAAGAAGAAGAUUUCAUACUGCAGGGUUUAAGCUCUAGAGGUGUAUCCAGUUGGGGUGUCUCUAUGUGAAGCCUUAUGUGUAUGUAUGCAUACAAUCACUGUGAGAAACUGUAUUUAUAGCUAUUGCAAAAAUUGUGUACAGUCAUACCUCGGGUUACAGAUACUUCAGGUUGCGUUUUUUUGGGUUACGGACCCGCCAAAACCCAGAAGUACCGGAACAGGUUACUUCCGGGUUUCGGUGGUCAUGCAUGUGCAGAAGCACUAAAUCACACUUUGCGCAUGCGCAGAAGACCAAAUCACAACCCGCACUUGCGCAGACACACCGCAGCGGGUUGCGAAUGCUGUGGGUUGCGAACGUGCAUCCUGCACGGAUCACAUUCGCAGCCCAAGCGUCCACUGUAUUUGUGUCUUUCACAAUGUUGCACAGUUAAAAUGUAUGUAUACAUGUAUAAAAGUAUAGUGCCCUUUAGAUUUGGGAAGCAAGACAACUGUAAGUCUUUUGCAUAGGAGUCUGGGAAGAAAGUUGCUCAGGGGAGGACGAUGCAUGUGAAAUAAAAUACUCUCACAAUGCAGAAAAAAUAAUACAUUUUUAUGAUUUAGUUAUCAGUAAAUUGCAAUACAGGUAGGCCACAUUUGACCCUGGUCAGUCCUCAACAGCCUUGUCUGGAUUUUGCUGUAAAAAUACUGUACAGGUAAUUAUAAACUGGUUUAAUGCUUUAACUGUCCUUUUAAUUUAUUGAUCUAGAUUUUAAAAAUUCCUUAGGGCUCAGCACAGAUGUCAACAUACUAAAUUGAGAAGAUGUGCAACCCCCCCAUACAUACAACACACAAAACUAAACAGUCAGUUCUCAACAAUAACAAAUCUUGCAAACAUCAGCCCAGUUGAUGAGGUCCUAAGGGUUCUGUAGUAGAGGUUGCAACGGUUCAGCUGCUUUGCAUGAAGAUGGUCCCUGGCGUUCAGUCCCUGGCAUCUUCUGCUAAAAGGAUCACAUGGCAUGUGAAGGGGAAGACCUCUUCGUGAGACCCUGGAGAGCUACUGCCAAUCAGAGUAAAAGCUGGGCUAGAUGGAACAAUUUUCUGAUCCGUAUUAGGUAGCUUCAUAUAUUCAUACUCCCUAGAUCAUUUCAAGUCAAUCUGGGAGAGUUCCCAGGUGCAUAUAAACCAGAGGUGUUUAUCAGAAACUGCAGAGGUCUAGGUCCAGAAGGAUCUAUGCUUCUACGUGUGAAGCCAGACUACAUGUUGUAUGAAUGCAAAUACUAGUCAUCUCAGACUAGGGCUUUGCCUGGACAACAGUAGUCUCCACUGUGCCAGGCUCCUGGCUCCACAGCUCCCUACAAGCCCAGAUAAUUUGCACAUUGGAAAUCACCAAACACCACAGAGCUUUUUUAUUCGGUGGCUCCAUUUCCAACAUGACACUUCCCACCUUCACAGGUCAUCUAUUCACCUUUGGUUGAAGGUUUAUGUGACCCCUAAAGUAAGGCAAACAGGAAGGUUUUAUAAAAUUUCUGAAAUAUGUUUAUGCUUGGCUCUGGUGGAUCUCCAUGGCAGGGGGGAAUUGACACACAGCUGUGAAGUCACCAACUGGGCCUUUUUAUAUGCCACCACCAUCAAGAGUUGAUUGCUCCAGUGAAAGACUCUCAAUUGAUACUGAAGAUCACUAUGAGACAUUCUGGAUGAACGAGCCUUCCACCUAUGUAUUGUUUCCAGAAGCCCAUGUCCAAUGCACACCAAACACCUUUGGGAGGUGCUGGCUUUUACCCUAAAUUAUAUGAUAAUGCCAUCUCAAACUUUCUCGUAUUUCUUUUGCACCAGCAGAGGUUACCUAUCCCUUGGGUUGCUAAAGAGAGGCAGCACUGGGAAGGUAUUUGCGCAUCUCACACCUGCAGGGAAACACAGCCUUUAGCCAGAAUAGCCAACUGAAAACUCCUGAUUCAGGGGCAAUAAGCCCCUGGAUACCACAUGCUGUGGGCAACUGUUGCCCUUAUGCCUUGCUCUUAAGCAUCCCACAGGCUUCUGGUUCGACACUGUGGGAAGCUCUGAACUAGCCGGACCUUUGGUGUGACCCAGCAGGGCUCCUCUUCUUAAGGCACGCCAGGAGGGAGCAGUGAGCACAACUUCCUUCUCCUUCCUUACCUUCUUUAGUUUUCAGGAUCAGAGAACCGGGUCAUCCGCAGGAGAGACUCUCCGGAGGGACUCCAGGUGGGAGCGCACCUCUUUCGGAUUUCCUGAGAGUUCUCUUCCCGCCCCCGCCGCUCCAUAGGCGGCUUGCUUGGCUGGUGGUGCUGAAGGGACAGCUCCCCGCCGAGCUCCCGAAGCGCUUCCCCGACAGGGUUGCGGAAGGGGCGGACAGCUCCCCUAGGAAAGCCGGGGAAAGGAGGGCUCCCCACGGAGCCCGGGCGGGAGGGUGGGCUGCCGGUAGUAGCGGCUGUGCUGCUAACGGGGACUCUCCGAGCGCCUUUGCUGUUCACACCGCGGCGGCUGGAGGGGGUGGAGAGAGGGAGAUCAGGCGGGGAGGGGGGGGAAGCAGCAGCUGGCCCGGGGGCUUCGCGGCGCACAGGGCUGGCUGGUGCUGAAGGAACAGCAGCUUCCGCUCCGCUCCAGGCUUCCAGGUAAAUAUGGGGACGGCGGGGAAGACCUAUCCAGGCAGCGAGCAAGGGGACUUCAAGGUGAAUUCAACGCUCCUUGCCAGACAGAUAGCCAGACGGAGCUGACUGGGGAAGUGGAGACUCCUGGCAGGUCCCUCGCCAAGUCACCCGCCCGCAGGGCUGGAGCACAGAAAAGUUCCCAGCGGCGACCAUCAGAUCCGGGGAGCGGACAGAGUUCCUCGCCUCUCCGCAACGAAGGCAGCGCCUAAGUUCGCCUUCACCAUGGACAGAGGCAAGGGGCGGCCCCUCGAGAACAGGCUGGGGCGCCGGGGCGCCUUGUUAGCAAUGUUCUCCCACAUUUGAAGUACGUGUGUCGUACAUGGAUUUGUUUUGGAAGAGAAAGCCAAGCGUGGAGAGCUGGGUGAGGAAGGCGGGGUGGAGAGGGAAAGUGAAGGGGUGUGUGUGUGUGUGUGUGUGGCGAGGGGGAGGUAGACUUGUAGCAACACCUCCCUGUUUGGGUGUCUGAGCCCCCGCGUUCCUUAAGGUGGGUGGCUGCGUGGGGAGUGGGAGUGGAUGUCGGCUUGCUUCGUUCUGCGAUGCGCCUUGACGGAGCAGCGAUGCCAGACAGGCUGAAAGCCACAGACAGAGUUCCUUGCUGGCGCACCGCUGGCGGCUGGUGCCCGGCAGCACUUAAGCAGCUGUUUGGAGCAUUUCCUGAUGAUGCCCAUGUCACGGCAACAGCCGCCGCGGUAAUCUGCGGAUUUGUGGCUUUCCAGGCGAAAUUAGAGCAUCGUUUUUGAUCCGUAUUGCAGCGGAUUAGGACCGCCACCCGGAUCCUCGCCUCCCCGCUAUCUAAUUAAUAGCGCAUAAUAAAAUAAUAACGGCGCCCUGCAUGGAAGAAGAGGAACUCCUGAAUUGUAGGGCGAGCCUCGGCAGGUCUGCUCAGCACACACGCAAAUCCUCCUCGGAGUUGAAGGGGACUCGCUCCCCGGCGAGGGUGUCUUGCAGCCUUCCAGAACAGGGGGCCACGAGGAGCAGAGAGAGCUGGGUGGCGGUGCAACCGGCAGGCAGGCAGAUAGGCAGGCAGGCAAGAGGCAGGCAACCUGAGAGAGACACUCCAGGGACUGCGGCCCCUGGCAUCUCAGUGGCAAUGCUGCCCGCCAGGGGCAGGGCCCGGGAGCCAGACCUGAGGCUCAGCGAUGGAGAGCGAACCUUUGAGUUUGUCCUCCUGUGCACCGCUGAGCAGAGCUAGGAGGCGAAAUGUGUGCGGUGUGUUUGUGAGAGAUUCCACUGGGGAAGGGAGCAGGUUGGGAGGGAUAAAGAGCCAAGGAGACCUGUGAGGAGGUGCUUCUUUUUCUCCAGCAGCGGGUGGGCGGGGGGCGAAUGGGGAAUCCUUGUGUGCCUGGGAAAGUGCAAGUCCACAGGCUAGGCUGGUGACCACUUGCUCUCUCUUCUUGCUCCCCGUUGCAGGAAUGUAAUCCACAAUGCUAGUCCUCAGGUUCCUCAAUGUGGUCGCUCCUGCCUACUUCCUGUGCAUCUCCUGUGUGACCUUCGUCCUCCAGCUCUUCCUCUUCAUCCCCAGCAUGUUCAAAGACCCUUCCGCCACCCCGCUCUUCUGCUCCUCCGCUUUGCUGCACGGCGCCCUCUUCCUCUUCCUCUCGGCCAACGCGCUGGGCAACUACAUCCUGGUGAUCCAGAACACCCCCGAGGACCUGAGCAAGGGCCUGAACUGGGUCGGAGGAGCCGAUGGGGUGGCCCCCGACUGGCCCGAUGGGAGCUGCCCCCCUGGCUCGGCCUUACCCAACACUCACUUCUGUAGACUGUGUGCCCGGGUCACCCAAAGGCAUGACCACCACUGUUUCUUCACAGGGAACUGCAUUGGGAGCAGGAACAUGAGGAACUUCGUCAUGUUCUGCCUGUAUACUGCUUUGGCUUGCCUGGAUUCCUUGGUGGCAGGGCUGGCUUACAUUUCCACUGUGCUCUCCACCUCCUUUGCCAACCCACUGGCAUUCCUCACUCUCCUGCCUCAGUCCAUCAGCCAGUUCUUCUCAGGUCAGUGUCUUCUCCUCUAGCAGAAGGGGUGAUCUGUGGCUCCCUUCCCUCUCCCCCUCUCCCUGCCAACCCUUCUUUACAAGACUUCCUUUCCCACAACAGCUGUCCCUCCAGCAUUGCCAGGAUCCCGGGGGAGGGGGCUGUCUGUGCCUAUGUGGGU